AUGCCUUACAGUAAUACGAUUCCUCAGAAUGAAUCGGAAGUUUACGCUACUUUGGUGAAAAUCCGUGCUCGUCUUGCUGAGAUCAAAAAGGAUGCAAAGUACUCGAACAACACGGAGAUCGAGACCAUCUAUCACGAGGUGUUAGAGUCUGUGACUGAGCUCAAACGCACCAGGGACUCUGCCAAGGCCAGAGCAAAAAUCAAUCCCAACACUGUCACUCUACCCCCGGCCAAUGGAACCUUUGGAAAUCAGAUCGAUCUACUUAUUGACGAGAUAUUCCAGCUUCUAUCACUAUUUUUUGUGAGCUUCGGACUCUCGAACACUGCACCAGCCACUCAUGCAUCUCUCACCACCGUUCAAAGGCUACUAGAACACCUCAACGAAUCUGGAGUUUAUACCCAUCAGGAAUUGAAACCGAUCCAUGAUCGCUUGGAUGAGAUAUCCGAUAUUAUAAAUACAGAAGACAAUGAUGAUAAUCUUUCUACCAAGGAAGAAAUUAGACUCCUCAAGCAUAAACUACAUCUUGCAUACCACGAAUUUGAUAUUUUGGACAGGAAGAUCGGCAGUUUACCUCCUCAGGUCCGUAAACUUAUGGAUAACUUACUCUCCUUAAAGUACCAGCUCCUCGAUUUACUCUCAACCGAUAAGAAUUCAAAGUCUGACGUUAGAUCAAAGAUCGAACAGGAGCGCCAGGUCGAAACGAUUUCGAAAGAUUUGGAUAAACUUCAGAACGAACGUGAUAUUUUAGCUUCUAAUGACUUGGGUACAGCUGCUCUCAAUUCUUCCUCUAUUUUGAACUCUUUACUAGGUGACUGCCACGAUUACCUCAGCAAUCUUCGAAUGGGCGAGGACAAAAUUGAUGUUCAUUUGGUUCCAAUCUACGAUAAAUUGGUCAACCUACAUUCGGUUUUGAGCAAUCUUCUCAUAACGAGACGGUGGUCGUUGAGAACUGUCGAUUUAUUCACAUAUCAAAAUCAAUUGAGUGAAAUAGAUAAGUCCCGAAAUGCUGGAUUCUUUGGUAGCCCCGGGUAUAAAGGUCAGUCGAUACUGCUCUUCCUACUUCGUUCCUGCUAUGCUCUCAUCUACAAGCUAUUAGAGUCCAGUGAACCUGUCAGCGAAGCAUUACAACCGUUACACAAUCAGCUUUCUACGAUAUACAGAUGUCUUGUUGAUCUUAAACAAUCUGGUGGUAUUAGUUCCAUGAGAGAAUUGUAUCCUUACCAACUAAAAUUGGCAUCGAUCGAUAACGAUGCCGCCAAUGGAAUAUUUAAAGUGGAUGGACAGAUACCACCGGGACAGGCAACUCUUACGGCGUUGUUAGCUGAGUGUUUUGACAUUCUUCACGAAUUGAAAGUCGAUUAUUACGAUAAGGCCGCUAGUAAUGGGGAAUUUACGGAAACAGAAAAUAUUAUAGGUACUAAAGCAUUACAGGACAGCAGCUAUGACUACAAUAACGUUGGGGAACAGGAAUAUUCCAGUUAUGCCCCCAGUGAGAUGAGUGAAAUGAGUGAGAGAAGCGAGGUGAGCGAUAUGUAG